AUGCCUCAACAUAUCUCAGUCCGCGACUUCAUUCGCUUCCCCGCAACCUCCGACCCCAAAGAACCCACUUCCACCCUCGUCCUCACUUCAAGCGGAAACCGUUUCGUCGACAUUCGGAUUUUGAAAGAAGGGCCCGAACCAAUUCCUCAAGUUGCGAAAGAUGCAGCCCUCCUCCCUCUCUCCCACCUCGACUGGGCUUUCGCAGGUACAUCCUCCUCAAACGAGAACGUCAACGGAGAAGUCAAAUCUGUUUGGACGCACUGGAUUGAUUCUCGAACUUUACAGCCAGAGACUGUGAAUGACUCCGGCGUCAUGGAUCCACAAUCUGAUGGGAGGACGUUGGAGAGAGGUGUUAUGCCAGACCCGGAAACGGGGAAAUUAGUUAGAUACGAGGAAAUGUGGAGGGAUAUUGAAGCUUCUUCUUGCGGAGAGAAGAAUGCCGCUAGUGGAGUGAAAUGUGUAGUGUUGCAAAUGUAUUGUGAAACUGGCGGGGAAGAGAAAGAUCGAGCGAGAGGGAUGGUGAUAAGGCUGGGGCAGUUUUGUCAGGGGGUUGUGAGGGUUGGGGAGGCGUUUGCGUUGGAGAGGUGGGCGUGGAAGGAGGGGGAGGAGAAGGUGGGAGGUGGGUGGAAGAGGGAGGUGAGGAUGGGGGAUUUGUUUUUGCCUUGUGGGGUGGCGAUGGAGCAUUUUGAGAGGUUGAAGGUUGGAGGGAAGGUUACGUAUGAGGGGUUUGAGUGGUCGGUUGUGGAGUUGGAGGAGAGGGGCUGA